AAAGUAUUAAGCGAAAGCAAAAAAAAAAAAAAAAAGAAAAGAAAACAAUAAACAAUUUUAUAUAAAAUUAAACAUAGGUGUACACAAUGCGGAUCCAGUCAAGCUUAGUGUUGACGGCAUUUUUUGCAUUUUCUUAUGGACCAUGCAGUUUAACCUCCGGCAAAGCAUUGGUUGAUCAGCAAACAGCAGCAUCGCAGAUUCCAAAUGCAAAGAUCGCUCAGCAACGUGUCGACCUGGAUGUGCAUCAUCACGAGCACGAUCAUGAUCCGGGUUAUUGGAAGAAGAAAGUGAUUUGGAAGGAGGGUUGGAAGAAAGUCUGGAAGCCGGGUAAGAAACAAAUAUGGGUACCAUCGUGGAAACAAAUUUGGAAGCCGAUCUGGGUACCGAUUAAAGUUCCUGCUUGGAAAGAUAUACAGGUACCAGCUUGGAAACAGAUAUGGAAGCCAAUUUGGAAAGAGAUACAAGUUCCCGCUUGGAAAGAUAUUCAAGUACCCGAUUGGAAAAGGAUAUGGAAACCGAUAUGGGUGCCGAUUAAAGUUCCCGCCUGGAAGGAUAUACAAAUACCAGCUUGGAAACAAAUAUGGGUACCAAUCUGGCGUGAAAUUCAAGUACCAGCAUGGAAAGAAAUUCAAGUGCCCGAAUGGAAACAGUAUUGGACGCCGGAAUGGGUAAAGGUAGGAAUACCGGGUGAAAAGUAUUUGGGUAAAGAUCAUGACGGUUGGGAGUACACGAGUCAUGAUCUUUGGAAAAAAAAAUUGAUUUGGAAAUCGCAUUGGAAAAAGAUCUGGAAGCCUGCUCAAAAGCAAAUAUGGGUACCCAGUAAAAAGCUCGAAUGGAAGGAGGAGUGGAAGCAAAUCUGGAAACCGGGAAAGAAACAAAUUUAUGUAGAUGAUAAGAAAUUGGAAUGGAAAGAGGCUUGGAAGCAAAUUUGGAAGCCAGCCAAAAAACAAAUAUGGGUGCCCGAUAAAAAAUUAGAAUGGAAAGAAGCUUGGGUGCAAAUAUGGAAACCGGCUAAAAAACAAAUCUGGGUUGAAGAUAAAAAGUUAGAAUGGAAAGAGGCCUGGAAACAAAUAUGGACACCAGCAUGGAAAGAGAUAUGGUUACCGGCUUGGAAGAAAAUUUGGAAGCCAGUCAUCAUAUCUGAAUGGUUCCCAACACCCGAUCAUCAUCAUCAUCAUCAUCAUCAUUCUCCCGAGCCAGAGCAUGGUUGGGAUCGUAAAGAUACUGCGAAGGCUAAUAAAACAUUGUGGAAGCGAGCUGAUACCGCAUCAAACAAUGAAACGUCCGUAGCCGUUCAAAGCACACAACUUAAGCCAAUGAAACAUAUAGCAUCAGGAGAUCGAAAAGAAACGUCUUCAAAAGCUUUUAAAUUUCCAGGGGCAUAAUAUAUAAAACAAUAUGAAGUCAUAUUUGAACAGAAUAUUUCGAAAGAAAGAAAAGAAAACAAAACAUGCCAUGUGGUUUUAUGAAGAAAUUGAAUUAAAGAAAAAGUCAUUUAAGCUAAACCAUACUCAUAGGUCAAGCAUUUGUAAAUAUAUGCACACGUUUAGUUUAUGCUAUAAGAAUAACUAAGAAAAUCAUA